AUGGCGCUUCACUCGAAUUACUUUCUGGUCGAAUUUGCCGGACUAGUAAUAGCGAUCAUCUGUGCUGUUUACAUUUAUCUGAAAUACGCGAUCUUCAAUUACUGGAGUCGAAAGAAGAUUGAUUACGUGAAACCAAUUAUUCCUAUUGGGAACUUGUGGUCCGUACUGACGGUGAACACUUCAAUUGGUGAAUUUUUCGCCGAUCUAUACAUCAAGCACAAGAAGAGCCCGAUCCUCGGUAUCUACAUGUUCCACAAGCCUGCACUUGUGAUUAACGAUCCCGAUUUGAUACGCUUCAUUCUCACAAAACAGUUCGCCAAUUUCCACGAUCGUGGAACCUAUUGCGAUGAGAAAAUCGAUCCGUUGUCCGUUCAUCUUUUCGCGGUGCCUGGCGCCAAGUGGAAGUAUUUGAGGACCAAGUUUUCUCCGACGUUCACUUCGAGCAAGAUGAAGCAGAUGUUCUUCACCGUACAGGAAUGCGCUGAAAAAAUGGUAGAAUUCGUCAGUCCUCUGGCUAAGAACCGUGAAAUGAUCGAGGUGAAGGAUCUUGUGGCAAGAUUUUCCACUGACGUCAUUGCUUCAGUUGCUUUUGGGAUUCAGUGCAACAGCAUCGAGAACCCAAAUGCAGAGUUCAGGGAGUAUGGUCGAAGGAUUUUCCAGCCGAAACCAAUACGAAAUGUGCUGUUGAUGUUGGCUCCCUUCUGGCUAAGUGCACUCGGAAUUUCCGGUACUGAAACCGAUGUGAAAAAAUUCUUCAUUAGUGCCUUCAGCGAAACAGUGGAGUACAGAGCAGCUAACAACGUAGUUCGGAAGGACUUUCUAGACUUGAUAAUUCAACUGAUGAACAAGGGUUACAUAGAAAGCGACGAGAAGAAACCGACUCAACUAUCAGAGUUUGACAAGCAGAAACUCACUUUGCUCGAUGGAGCUGCACAGGCUUUCGUCUUCUGGUUAGCUGGAUUCGAGACGUCAUCUUCAACUGUUACUAACUGCCUGUACGAGUUAGCGCUGCAUCAGGACAUCCAGGACAAAGUAGCCGAGGAAGUGAACAGAGUGCUGGAAGAAUUCGGGGGAAUGUCUUACGACGGAGUCAAGGAAAUGCACUAUCUUCACAAAGUCGUAUCAGAAACUUUGAGGAAGUAUCCAGCUGUCCCGAUUCUGAACAGAGAAUGCACAACGGAAACGGAUCUCCCCGAAACUGGACUCCACGUUGAAAAGGGCACCGCGAUAAUCAUCCCCGUUUUCGGAAUCCACAACGAUCCCGAAAUAUAUCCAGACCCGGACAAAUUCGACCCCGAACGUUUCACCGAGGAGAACAUCGCCAGCAGACAUCCGUACACUUAUCUGCCAUUCGGCGAAGGGCCGAGGAACUGCAUCGGUAUGAGGUUUGGAUUAGUGCAGACGAAGGUCGCACUGGCCAGCUUGCUUUCGAAAUAUCGUUUCGCGUCGAAUUUGGACCCCAACGUACCGAUGAUAGUCGAAAGAGGGCAUUUCGGGGUCGGGCCGAAAGUGGAUCCCUCAUUUUAUUUUGUGCCAGCAGAUGCAGGAAACAUGGCGGCUUACUCAAAAUACUUCCUGGUGGAAUUCAUUGGGGCAGUGUUUGCCCUGAUCUGUGCUGCUUACAUUUACCUGAAAUACGUGACCUACAAGUACUGGAGUUGGAAGAACAUCGAUUUCGUCAAACCCGUUGUUCCCUUUGGCAGCUUAUGGCCGGUGCUUUCGGUUAGCACUUCAAUUGGUGAACUGUUUCGAGACGUAUAUUCGAAGUUCAAGAAAAGUCGAGUCGUUGGGGUUUACAUGUUUCACAAGCCUGGACUUGUGGUCAACAAUCCUGAUCUCAUACGUUUUAUUCUGACAAAACAGUUCAUGCAUUUCCACGACCGUGGCGUGUAUUGCAAUGAGAAUGAAGAUCCGUUGUCUGGUCACCUAUUCACGAUUCCCGGCGCCAAGUGGAAGUUUCUGAGAACCAAGUUCUCUCCGACGUUUACUUCGAGCAAGAUGAAGCAGAUGUUCUUCACGGUUCAGGAAUGCUCCGAGAAGAUGGUGGAAUUCGUUGGUCCUCAAGCUCAGAAUCGUGAAGUGAUCGACGUGAAGGACCUCGUGGCAAGAUUCUUUACUGACGCAAUCGCAUCCAUUGCCUUUGGGAUUCAGUGCAAUAGCAUCGAGAAUCCGAAUGCAGAGUUCCGGAGCUACGGUCGGAAGGUUUUGAAGCCAAGACCAUUGAUGAACGUGAUUAUGAUCUUAGCUCCCUCCUGGCUGAAAUUGCUCAGAAUCGUCAGUGUUGAUGCCGAUGUGGAAAAAUUCUUCGUCAGUACGUUUAUCGAGACAGUUGAAUACAGAGCAGCCAACAACGUGGUUCGAAAAGAUUUCCUGGACUUGAUAAUUCAGCUGAUGAACAAGGGUUACAUAGAGAAUGACGAUAAGAAAUGGACUCGACCAUCAGAGUUUGAUAGUCAGAAAAUCACCUUACUCGAAGGAGCCGCACAGGCUUUCGCAUUCUGGUUAGCCGGCUUCGAGACGUCAUCCUCAACCGUCACCAAUUGUCUGUACGAGUUGGCACUACAUCAGGAUAUCCAGGACAAAGUAGCUGAGGAGGCGAACAGAGUGCUGGCUAAAUUCGGGGGAAUGUCCUACAAUGGAAUCAAGGAGAUGCACUAUCUCCAGAAAGUCGUAUCAGAAACCUUGCGGAAAUAUCCAGCUGCUACGAUUCUGAACAGAGAAUGCACAGCGGAAAUCAAUCUGCCCGAAACUGGCCUCCAUGUUGAGAAGGGCAUUGCGAUAAUCAUCCCUGUUUACGGAAUCCACCACGAUCCCGAAAUAUAUCCAAACCCAGAAAUAUUCGAUCCUGAACGUUUCACCGAGGAGAACAUCGCCAGCAGACAUCCGUACACUUAUCUGCCAUUCGGCGAAGGGCCGAGGAACUGCAUAGGAAUGGGCUUCGGGUUAGUGCAGACGAAGGUCGCGCUGGUCAGCCUAGUAUCGAAAUAUCGUUUAACGUUGGAUUUGGAUCCUGAGGUACCGAUGACAGUUGAAAAAGACAACGUCGGAGUCGCGUGGACGGACGGAAUGCCCCUUAGAAUCCAACACCGUUAAUCGAGAAUCGUCGAAAUGUCUGCACUCAUUAACGCAUUAGCAUAAUUUCCUAACAAUCAUUAUAUUUCUGUCGUUAGCAUUGACUAUCACUGAAAACGAAAUAAAACGAUGA